AUGACAAAUAUUACAAAUCUUGGCUUACGUAAUAUUACAAUGCCACAAGCACCAAUGGGAAAAUCUUUGCUACCUUUAAAAUAUAUGGCCUUUUCAUCUUCUCAGUUUUUUCCAGACAACCGUCAAGUGCGAUACCAGGAAAUCCAGGAAAUUGAUCAUAUGGGCUUUUCAUAUUUUCAGUCAUUUUUAGAGAACUAUCAAGGACAAGAUAAUCUAGGAGGAUAUCAAGUAAAUAAUCAUAUUACUUCUUUAGAGAAUCAACAAAAACGGUCCGAAGAAACUGAUAUUCACUCAGAGGCCCAUCAAGAAGGAUAUCAGCUUCUCUUAGAGGAUUAUAAUGAAAUAAUUGCCCACAAUGCCAAAUCCAUUUCCCUUCGCGAAAAAGAGUUUCUACUCAACGAAAGAGAGUCUCAGCUCAAUAAAAGAGAGUCUCGGCUUAACGAAAAAGAGUCUCAGCUUACUAAAAAAGAGUCUCAGCUCAAGGAAGAAGGAUCUCAGCAUAAGACAGCCAAUGCUUUCCUUGUUUACCUCAGGGACAUACUUGGCAACGAUUUCUUUCUUUACCACAACAAGUUUCUAGAAUCUUUACAAAACUCUUCGUCAUUUCUGGAAACGGAAGAAGGGAAAAGAAAAGCAGCUGCAUGUGAUAUCUGUCGUGGUCGGAAAAAAAGAUGUGUUGGAGAAGAUAGUGAAUUUAUUACUGUUGUUGCUGAUGAAAAUAGGAGAACAGUUUCAUUAUUUAGUUGUUAA